CAAUUUGAUUAUUUUCUGUUUGACAACAGAAAUUUAAAUUAUUUGGACAUGUUUGUUGUAAUUUCGUUACUCCACUAAUCAGCAGUGCAGACGAUACCAAAAUGAUGCAACCACAAAUUAUCCUCCUCAAGGAGGGCACAGAGGCCUCUCAGGGUCGGUCUCAAGUCAUCAGUAACAUCAAUGCCUGUCAGGUUGUGGCUGAUGCCGUCCGUACCACCCUGGGCCCACGAGGGAUGGAUAAACUCAUGGUGGAUCCUAGAGGUGGUGUUACAAUCUCCAAUGAUGGAGCCACGAUAGUCAAGUUACUGGACGUCAUCCAUCCUGCUGCCAAGACACUUGUGGAGAUUGCCAAGUCACAAGAUGCAGAGGUUGGGGAUGGAACCACAACCGUUACCAUGCUGGCAGCCGAGUUCCUCAAACAAGUCAAGUCGUUUGUUGACGAGAACGUGCACCCACAGGUCAUCGUCCGAGCGUACCGCAAGGCUACCCAGCUAGCUCUGGACAAGAUCCGGGAGAUCGCCGUCAAAAUAGAGAGCGACAACCCCGCGGAGCACACCAAGUUACUAGAGAAAUGCGCAGCCACCACGCUAAGCUCCAAGCUAGUAGCUGCUCAGAAGGACUUCUUUGCUGACAUGGUGGUCAGUGCCGUUAGUCUACUGGACGAGAAUCUACCCAUGGAAAUGAUUGGGAUUAAGAAAGUUCAAGGAGGGGCUCUGGAGGAAUCCAGACUGGUUGCGGGCGUGGCCUUCAAGAAGACAUUCAGCUAUGCCGGCUUUGAGAUGCAGCCUAAAUCUUACAAGAAUCCCAAGAUUGCUCUCUUGAACGUGGAGCUGGAACUCAAAUCUGAGAAGGAGAACGCUGAAGUCAGAGUGGACAAUGUUGAGGAAUAUCAGAACAUUGUGGAUGCUGAGUGGUCCAUCCUCUAUGAUAAACUGGAGAAGAUUCAUCUAAGUGGAGCCAAAGUUGUCCUGUCCAAGCUACCUAUCGGUGAUGUGGCUACUCAGUACUUUGCUGAUAGGGACUUGUUUUGCGCCGGUCGUGUUGUGGAACAGGACUUGAAACGUACCUUGCAGGCCUGCGGGGGCGCUAUACAGACCUCGGUUCAGAGUCUAACCGAAGACGUCUUGGGAACGUGUGAGGCAUUCAACGAGGAACAGAUUGGCGGAGAGAGGUAUAACUUCUUCACUGGAUGCCAACAGGCCAAGACCUGCACCCUCAUUCUGCGAGGCGGGGCUGAGCAGUUCAUUGAGGAGACAGAACGUUCUCUACACGACGCCAUCAUGAUUGUAAGACGAGCCAUCAAGAAUGACGCGGUCGUUGCAGGCGGUGGCGCUAUUGAGAUGGAGCUGAGCAAGUAUCUACGCGACUACUCGCGCACCAUCGCCGGCAAGCAGCAGAUCCUGAUUGGUGCGUUUGCCAAGGCGUUGGAAAUCAUCCCACGACAGCUGUGCGACAACGCUGGGUUUGAUGCCACCAACAUCCUGAACAAACUCAGACAGAAACAUGCCCAAGGUAACACAUGGUACGGAGUGGACAUCUUGAAUGAGGACGUGGCCGAUAACUUUGCAGCCUGCGUCUGGGAGCCAGCAAUUGUCAAGAUCAAUGCCAUCACGGCAGCGUCUGAAGCAGCCUGCUUGAUCCUGUCUGUGGAUGAGACAGUCAAGAAUCCAAAGUCCACUAACACGGACGAUCGGCCGGUCAAACCACCGAUGGGUAGGGGUAGGGGCAGGGGUAGACCACGCUGAUGAUAAUACCACCCAGAAAUAAGAAUCUUGACUUGUCAUUGUACCCGGUUUGUGCUGAAGGGCGAUUUAAGGGUUAAGAAUUGAUGUAGAAUUUCUCUCACCUUUUUUUUUAUACAAAUCUUUUGUUUACAAGACUGAAAAACAUUUUCCUCCAUAGUGUAAUAUUUUAAGGUUAAAGUGGGCCAGUCUCAAUGCAUCUGGUUACCUUCUGGGGUUUUCCUAAAUGUUAAGGGUUAUGCUUUUGAGAUUUGAACUUUUAAGUCACCAUUGGAAUGUGGAAAAGAAAUUAGUCAUGCACAUUGUUUUCUGGCUUUUUGGAAACACCAGUUAACAUAUUUUCAUCUAAAUUUCACAUCACUUCAAUCUGAAUCGCUUAUUCGCCCAUAAAAUAUCAAAAAAGUAUCGUAUGUGCAAGCAGUGUUGUCUUUUGUACUAGUAAGCUAUUCACACUUGUUGAACUUCCCUAUCAGAUCAGAAAAUCCUCAAAACUAAGGCCAAAAAAAAAU